AUGGCUCAGGAGACACACUACAAACAUCUCACAAUCACCCAGCAUGGCACCGCGAACAAUAUCUAUGUCAUCACGCUACGGAGGGCGCCCGAGAAUAGAUUGAAUGUCGACUUUGCUCAGGAACUCAUCCACGCAUACCAUUCCAUCCAUCGAGCUCUGGGUCAGAACUCCGAGGGUGCCGUGAUUCUGCGCGGGAGCGAUGAGAAGUUCUUCUGCACGGGUUUGGAUUUGGACGAGCGAGGGAAGAACAGUUUUGCCUCGAGCGACGGCUUCUACCCACUCCUGGCCACGAUUCUCGACUUCCCCUUCCCGACCAUAGCCCUCAUCACCGGCCACGUCUUCGGCGGCGCCUGUCUGCUCACCCUUGCCCACGACUACCGCGUCAUGAACUCUCGUCGCGGCUUCUGGCAGAUGCCGCCCGUCAAUAUCGGGCUCCACCACGACGGCAUGGGGUCGCUCCUGCGGCUCAAGAUCGCCUCCUCGCAGGUCAGACGGAAGAUCCUGCUGGAAGCGCACAAGUAUACAGCCAAAACAGCGCUCGAGGACGGAAUCGUGGAUUACGCGGCAGAGCCAGGGGAGAUGUUUGAGGCGGCGCUGGCGUUGGCGGAGAAGUGGAAGGCGAAAGCGAGGACGGGGGUGUAUGGCUUGUUGAGGGAUGAACUGUUUGGGGAGGCGAGUCGAGCGUACAGGAAUCUGGCUUAUGUGCACAGCCGCGAAACGGCAAGGGAGCCCAAGGUCAAGCUGUGA